AUGACGGGUAGCCUGGCGCCCCCGAGUGCCAGGGAGGAGGAGCAGGAGCAGGUGGUUUAUCUUGCUGGGUCGGUUGGCUUGCUGCUCACCUUGACUGCUGACGCUAGAGUUGGGAACUCCUCUGAGUCUAGCUUCUGUACCGAGAGAAAGGAAUGUCUGCUCUGUGAUCAGGUUUGCAAGAAUGAUGAUUAUGAGGUGCGCCACUAUGACUCAGUGAAAUGGGUGUCGACAGACAAGGAAGCCCACUUCAUGGAUAAGGCCAUAGUCACCACAUUCAUGAGACUCUUCAAAUACAUCACCAGAUCCAACAGGGCUGGCAUCAACAUUGACAUGACAGUCCCAGUGAUUGUCGAGGAGAUGAAGAGGAUUUCACGGUCAUUUGUUUACACCCUCAGCUUUGUCAUGCCAUCUGCCCAUCACAUGACUCCUCCCCAACCCACUGAUGACAAGGUAAGGCCCAAUAGACCCCUACACCCUAUGCCCUAUGCACUUGUGGAGAUCUGA